GGAACCGGGCUCCGCGCUUCGGGGGAGGCUGGCGGCGCGGGCGGGCGGGGACGGCGGGCUGGGGGCGGCGACGGCGAGGGGCCGCGCGGAGAGGGCGCCGGGCGCAGCAUGGGCGGCCCGCGGGCCUGGGCGCUGCUCUGCCUCGGGCUCCUGCUCCCGGGAGGCAGCGCCGCGUGGAGCGUCGGGGGAGCCCCGUUCUCCGGACGCAGGAACUGGUGCUCCUACGUGGUGACCCGGACCAUCUCGUGCCAUGUGCAAAAUGGCACCUACCUUCAGCGAGUGUUGCAGAAUUGCCCCUGGCCCAUGAGCUGCCCGGGGAGCAGCUAUAGAACCGUGGUGAGACCCUCGUACAAGGUGAUGUACAAGACGGUGACCGCGCGUGAGUGGAGAUGCUGCCCUGGGCACUCGGGGGUAAACUGCGAGGAAGUUGCAGGCUCCUCUGGCUUCGUGGAGCCCAGGUGGUCGGGCAACACCAUGCGACGGAUGGCGCUUCGGCCCACAGCCUUCUCAGGUUGCCUCAACUGCAGCAAAGUGUCAGAGCUGACCGAGCGGCUGAAGGCGCUGGAGGCCAAGGUGGCCGUGCUCACUGUCACUGAGCGGGCAGUGCUCCCAACCCCAGUUGCUCCUGGGGACCUCGUCCCACUCUGGGGUUCCCCAGCAGCCCAGGGCAGCCCUGGGGAUGGAGGCCUCCGAGAUCGAGUUGGCGCCCAGGGACUUCCUGGGCCCACCGGUCCCAAGGGAGACACUGGCAGCCGAGGCCCAAUGGGGAUGAGAGGCCCGCCAGGUCCUCAGGGCCCCCCAGGAAGCCCUGGCCAGGCCGGAGCUAUGGGCACUCCUGGAGAGAGGGGACCUCCAGGCCCACCAGGGCCUCCUGGGCCCCCUGGGCCCCCAGCCCCUGUCGGACCACCCCACACCUGGAACCCCCAGUAUGGGGACCCCUUACUGUCCAACACCUUCACUGAGACUAGCAGCCACUGGCCCCAGGGACCAUCUGGACUCCCAGGCCCCCCAGGGCCCAUGCACAAGACUGAGGCCCUGUCUUAUUGCUCAGGACCCCCAGGCCCCAUUGGACCCAAAGGAAUCUCCGGCCACCCAGGAGAGAAGGGAGAGAGAGGACUGCGUGGGGAGCCUGGCCCCCAAGGCUCCACGGGGCAGCGGGGAGAACCUGGCCCCAAAGGAGACCCUGGGGAGAAGAGCCACUGGGGGGAGGGGUUGCACCAACUACGCGAGGCUUUGAAGAUUUUAGCUGAGAGGGUUUUAAUCUUGGAAACAAUGAUUGGGCUCUAUGAACCAGAGGGGUCGGGGGCAGGCCCUGCCAGCACAGACACCCCCAGCCUCCUGCGGGACAAGAGGGGAGGACUCGCAGCCAACUACCGGAUCGUGGCCCCCAGGAGCCGCAACGAGAGAGGCUGA